AUGGCGGAGGCGGAGCUGCUUGCAAAGUUGGAGGGGACGAGGAGGAGGAGAAGGAGGAGAGAGGAGAAGGAGUUGGGAGGAUAUGAAGACGAGAUCGAAUGGAACCUGGUAGAAGAAGACAUCAUCCGUUCAGACAUGCUUGAAGAGCCACCGACCAUUACUCGUGGGAAGGUAGUCGGACAGAUGCUGGAAAGACAUAAGCUGAAGUUGGCUCUGAAGAUGUUGAAAGAGCAGAAGUUGGAGGAGGAGAACAGGGAGUUGAAACAGAAACUGAACGAUGCACUGAUGAGCAACGCGAACAUCAUGAAGGAGCUACUGCAAGCUCGAGAAUCGAGAGAUUACAUGUUGAAAGAGUGGAAGACUCGAGAGGAGAUCAUGAAAACUGAGAUCUCAAGGCUGAACGACAACUUGCGAAAACCAAGAAGCAAGGAGUCGGCCAGUCAAGCUUCAUUUUCAGAAAUACACUAUGUCUUGACGAAGGACAAAGAAACUCAAUAUGAGGUAGAUGCAAAGAGAGAAAUGCAUGACGUGUGUCGUCCUAAUGGACAACGUGCCAAUCCUGAGUUGAUGACUACCCCACAACAGCACAGAGAUCUGACUUUGAAGGAGAUUUCCGUUGUGGAAAGUUGCACGCAGACAGAAGUUGAUGUACGAGAGAGGGAUGUGAAGACUAGUGAACCCUGCUGCGAUGUUCUGAAAGAAAACAAGAGGAAUCAAGAGCUCUCGGUGUCGACGGUCAAGGGGCACGGGCUAUCGAGAGAUUCGAGAAAGGCACAGCAUAACGUUGUGAUCUCAAAAUCGACAAGCUGGGGAAAACAAACUCAUCCGGACUCACAUAAAGUUGAUCAUGUCACCGCCCCCAUGGCGGAAACUCUGCCUGCUGCCGAGGAUCAUGUGUUGCAGGAGAAGCGAGCGUUCCAGAAUCGAGAGCAUCACCAGGAGUAUGGAGGGGAAGGGUUGAGUGUGGAAAAGAUGCGGAAGUUGAUCAAUUUCUUGAUGUUCCAGUCAAGAUGGGAGUCACAAGUAACUUCGGCCCUACGUCACCAGUGUGGCAACGAAGCCGUUUUCGGCUUGCUGGCUCGAGCGUGCUUCGGCACAUGGAAGCUGCAGGCUCGAGUCAACGGAAUGGUUCUGACCAUGAUGAGACAACGGGAGUCCCUCCUCCGAGUCUACGAUGAUGAUCAUGAGAGUGAAAAGUGA